GCGCGGAGGGAGGUGAGCGGAGCGCAGCCAGGAGGCAAGGAGGGGUAACCGCGAGGAGGCCCCGCCCCCGCCUCUCGGGGCCGGCUCUCUGCCGCCUCCGAACCCGCUCACUUUGCCUCUUGCCUCUGGACGGCGGAGGGGCGCUUGCCGGAGCCGUGGCCAGAGGGAGCGCCGGGGACCCGGAGCCAUCCAGCGCCCUCGCUUCCUCUCGGCGCGCACGCCCCCGGGGCGGGGGGGAACAGCGCCGCCGCCUUGAAAGGGCACCCCGGCCUCGGAGGGAGCAUCCCUCAGGCGCGAGGGGCGGCGGCGCUGGCAGCCUCUUUCUCGGCCAGUGGGGCGCAGCGCUGGCGCCUGAGGGGGACUCCCCGGCCACCUGCAGGGACCGCCGUGCGGAGGGAGCGUCGCUAGCAGCUGCGCUGGGCUGCCGAGAAGGCUAGAGCCAGGGGCCCCCGGGCCAGCGAAGGGCAGCAGCGGAGCCCGGAGGGAGAGCCGGCCGGACAGCCCGCGGGCCCCGACGGCGCGCUCCCCCUUCCGCCAUCCGCAGGCAGGCCCCGCGCGGCGGCCGGAGGGGGCGGCGGCGGCGCCCUCGGGCUUGGGGGGCUUCGGGGCAGCCAGCCAUGACCUUCGGGCGCAGCGGGGCGGCCUCGGUGGUGCUGAACGUGGGCGGCGCCCGGUACUCGCUGUCCCGGGAGCUGCUGAAGGACUUCCCGCUGCGGCGCGUGAGCCGGCUGCACGGCUGCCGCUCAGAGCGCGACGUGCUGGAGGUGUGCGACGACUAUGACCACGAGCGCAACGAGUACUUCUUCGACCGGCACUCGGAGGCCUUCGGCUUCAUCCUUCUCUAUGUCCGAGGCCACGGCAAGCUGCGCUUCGCGCCGCGGAUGUGCGAACUCUCCUUCUACAACGAGAUGAUCUAUUGGGGCCUGGAGGGCGCGCACCUAGAGUACUGCUGCCAGCGCCGCCUCGACGACCGCAUGUCCGAUACCUACACCUUCUACACCGCCGAGGAGCCGGGCGCGCUGGGCCGGGACGAGACGCGACCGGGCCGUGCCGAGGCCGCCCCUUCCCGGCGCUGGCUGGAGCGCAUGCGGCGGACCUUCGAGGAACCCACGUCGUCGCUGGCCGCGCAGAUCCUGGCCAGCGUGUCGGUGGUGUUCGUGAUCGUGUCCAUGGUGGUGCUGUGCGCCAGCACACUGCCCGACUGGCGCGCCGCGGCGGCCGACAACCGCAGCCUGGAUGACCGGAGCAGGUACUCCGCCGGCCCUGGGAGGGAGCCCUCCGGGAUAAUUGAAGCUAUCUGCAUAGGCUGGUUCACUGCGGAGUGCAUCGUGAGGUUCAUUGUCUCCAAAAACAAGUGUGAGUUUGUCAAGAGACCUCUGAACAUCAUUGAUUUACUGGCAAUCACACCGUAUUACAUCUCCGUGUUAAUGACCGUAUUUACAGGCGAGAACUCUCAACUCCAGAGGGCUGGAGUCACCUUGCGGGUGCUUAGAAUGAUGAGGAUUUUUUGGGUGAUUAAGCUGGCCCGUCACUUCAUUGGUCUUCAGACACUUGGUUUGACUCUCAAACGAUGCUACCGAGAGAUGGUUAUGUUACUUGUCUUCAUUUGUGUUGCCAUGGCAAUCUUUAGCGCACUUUCUCAGCUUCUUGAACAUGGGUUGGACCUGGAAACAUCCAACAAGGACUUCGCCAGCAUCCCCGCUGCCUGCUGGUGGGUGAUUAUCUCUAUGACUACAGUUGGCUAUGGAGAUAUGUAUCCUAUCACAGUGCCUGGAAGAAUUCUUGGAGGAGUUUGUGUUGUCAGUGGAAUUGUUCUAUUGGCUCUACCUAUCACUUUUAUCUACCAUAGCUUCGUGCAGUGUUAUCAUGAGCUCAAGUUUAGAUCAGCUAGAUAUAGUAGGAGCCUCUCCGCUGAGUUCCUAAAUUAAUGCAUUGCAGAGCAAUUCUUGCACACACUUCAUUUGAUCUAGUUGACGCUACUUCAUAUUUAUGCGUUUCUUGCUGGGUGAGCACUGCAGUGGUCCUGUCAUCACCUUGGUGGAGUAAAAAUUGUCCUUCCCAGCUGAAGGGAUAAAAGAAUUUACUUAUUAUGGAGUAAAGAAGAUUGAGACUGCAAAGGAAAGGGAAUGUCUCCUAGAAUAAAUUUUAAGAUCUUAUUUUAUUUAGACUUGUCUCUUCCCUGCCUUGAACAAUUACACUUUUUGUGUUUGUUUUAAAGUAUAUUAUUUGAACAUUUUAAAACUGAAAGCUACUCUUUUCCAAAUGUUUUUCCAUCUUUUGAAUACAGAAGAAGCUUGGAAGUUACAGUGUUUUUUGUUGGAGAGUAACAUUUUCAUUUCUAAAUGUUUUAUAAUCUCUUAUAUCAAUGUCAGAAGUAUCCUGGAAACAUAUGUCAGAUGCAGGAACUGUUUAACAAAUACUUUGAAAAUUUGGCCAAAUUUUAAAGUGUAGAGUGGAGCUAGUAGAUACAAGCAAGAAUAGUAUUUAAAAACUUCUCCAGCAUAUUUCUCAAUUAUCUGAUUUAUUUUUGUUCUUAUUCUCCUUAUCAUACCAUAAUAUAAUAUGGUAUGAUAUCAUACCUUAUCAUACCAUAAUAUGAUAUGGAAGCUUGAGUAGGUUCUUCCUUUUCCAUUUUGGAUUUCUUUUUUCUCUGUCUUGAAAUGACUUAAAAGAGUGUUGUAUUAUUUAGCAGUUUAUUGGAGUUCAUUUUAUUUGAAUUCAUUGCUGUUACUAGAUGUUAAUUGUCCUAACAUUCAGUUAUCCAAAUAAGAUUUCCAACAUUAAAAUGAUAAUAGAAAUAGUUUUAUAUUGCAACCCAUAUUUAUCUUCUUCUGCCCUUAAUGUCUUUUUUUUUAAACUAAACACCAUGUGUUUAAUAAGACUUAAGAUGAAAGGAUAUUUAUGUAACCAUUUUAUACCAAAGUCAUACUUAGAUGUUGUCACUGGAUUGUCUUAAAAAAGAAAUGAAACAUUUUCUUACUCUUGGUUGCUGUGUAGCUAAGCCAAUUUUAAACCAGCUAAACGCAAUGAAUACAUCAGUAUUUGAGUUGGUCUUCACCAUUGGCAAUUAUAGCUAUGCCAAAACUUCUUGUAACAACAUUGAGUAAUAGGCCACGCUAAUCUGGCUAGGUUAUUAGGACUAGAUAAUAUAAACUGAUAAUGUUAACAAUCUGAAUUAGAAUUUUGCUUUGUUAACCAGUUGCCAUAAAGCCAGCAAUAUAUAAACACAAAAAACUAAAGUCACUGAUUCAUGAAUAAUUUAGUGUUAUACAUUGUAAUUUAGUGGGGAUGGGCAGGAGAGCAGAGGAGACGGAAAGGGGAUAUAGUUAUCAAAGAAAGGGUUACCAGAAGUGUUCAUUAAAGGAAUGUUAGCCAUCAUCUAGUUCAAACCUUAAGUAGUACAGGUAAAAAACUGGGGCGAGAGAGGAUGUGAUUGUGAAGGAGUUAGGAUUAAAACCUCUGAGAACCUAGUCCAGCAGUUUAUUCUUAACACACCCCUGGGUUUCAAGAAAAGCCUUGAGAAGCCACUCUCCUUUGCUGUUGCUACUGCUGAGGUAAUAAUAGCAAAACCGUUCCUUUUCCCUGACUUCUUUUCCUGAGUUUAGGUGAUUCCCUAGUGGCUCAGACGGUAAAGCGUCUGUCGACAAUGCAGGAGACCCGGCUUCGAUCCCUGGGUUGGGAAGAUCCCCUGGAGAAGGAAAUGGUAGCC